UAAUAUAGAGAGGAGCUUAUUCUCAUCGGGAAUAAAAAUCUUACAAGGAGUUUACCUAGAAGAAUCAAUUUUCCCGCCCAGGAAAAUUAACAUAUUUUCCUAGAAAAUUGAAAAGAAAAAGAUAAAUGAACAGUACAUCACCAGCUCAUUCAUCAGUAUCAACUACAGCGAUCGGUGGAGGAGGCAGCGGUGGCAAUGCAGCUUUGGAAGAUUUUCAUUUCCCUCCCGAUCUCAUAUCCAUUCAAGACCGCAAGGAAGAGGCCAUGCUUGUUCUGAAAGCUGAUCUGAUGGCUGCACUUAACAAGGAGGUUAAAUCCUUGGAUGAAGAUAACUGGAAGUUUGAAGGACCUCGUUCCCGCAUCCACCUCAUAUCAAGACCUGGAUGAAAUGCGAAUGCCAUAGCAUCAUAUACUAUAAUGUUUAGACACAGACGUUAGCUGCAUAUUUUAACAAGAAGUCCGAGUUUGCCAAACGUGACAUCAUCCUUCAUCUUUGUACUUGGCCACAACUGAUAAAUGUGUUUGAGUGUGCUUUUUCACGUGUCUUAAACUGUUCUUAAUUUAUUUUUCAAGACCAGGAUAAAAAGCCAUUUUGAAACGUGGUUCCUGUUGUUACUUCGAAUUAAAUUGUCUCGUUAUAUUCAAUGUCACAUAUCUUCACUUACAAGAUGUAUCUGUAUUUGUUGAGUAUUAAAGAAGUUAUUCAACAGGUUUUUUAUGAUAACAUGUUUGAAAAUAUGUACCGUAAGACAAAUGCCAGCCUCUGGCCCAUGAAAGUAUCCUUUCUUUUUAUGGUGUUACAUGUGAAUUUCUGAAGAAAUCUAGCUGGAUAGGAGAGUAGAUUCAUAUUCACAGACUAUAAUCUUUUUGACAUAUU